AUGGCGGACCUCUACAAUAAAACCAGCAGGCCUUUGCAAAGAUUCGUCAAUAAAUCAUUGUUGGUGCCACCACUGGUCAACUUCAAAGAGAUUUUCGGGGUUUCUCCCAAGUUCAAUUUGGCAACGUGUCAUAUUGAGAAAAUCAUGUGCACCUUCCGAGCAGGAAUGUUUUGUUAUUUGAAUCGAAGGAGUGAAUUUUUAAAGAAGGGAAGAAGCAUAAGCACAGAACGCUGGGGUAACAUGCUCUGCGAAGGAGGGAAACCUCUCAGGAAUACAUUUGAAGAGACUAUACGAUCACUGUCAAAGCAACCAAUAAUUUUUAACGUUAUUAGACAUCCGAUCGACAGAUUUUUGAGUGGUUUUAUUGACAAAUGUAUAAGACGGAAGAUGUGCUUUAACUGCUUUCAUUGCCCGAAGAAUCUUGAAUGUUUUAUUACCAAAUUACAUGAAACUUUGGUGGCUUACUAUACGAAAUCUAAAACAUUGACGGAAAGCGAGUACUUUUGUGUGCAGCAUUUUGCACCAGCGAAUUGGUACUGCAAUUUAGAGAAGAGUUACGACAAAAUGCUAUUCAUGCGAUAUAAUCGCUGCAACAGAAAUGAGCUAGCAGAAGACUUUGUUGCAGUGCUCAGCAAAGCACCUGUGCCUCACACUCAAACUAAUUACAUUAGAAAAGAAGUUCUGAAUUCUAGACGUGGGAAACAUGAGGAAGCCCCUCUGAAGAGUGAGAUUAUCAUGAUUUCUUAUUUCAGCAAAGCCCACAUUAUUGUACGUUCACUUAGCGCAGUAAAUCUCAAAGCCGUGAAUCUGGAUAGUACUUUAGGUGUGAAUGAAGAGGAAAGGCCUGAAGACAAGUUGUUGUUGUAG